AUGUUUCUAACAAGCCUAUGUCCGUCUGAUAGUCCAAUCCGGUUCGAUGAAGACAAUGUCAACUACAAUUUACAAGACUAUAACAUAGAAGAUCCAUUAUCGAAACUUUCUAAAUCUGAAGAAAAGCUUUAUGGAGAUCCUGCUGUUAAAUAUCCAACACUCUCGAAAGACGACAAUGGCUAUUAUAUAUUUGAGCAGAAGUUGGAUAAUUUUUACUGUUAUAAUGAAGAUGUUAGUAAAUGUGAAUUAUCGAAGUACCCGUGGUAUAUAAAUUCAUUCACAUAUGAAUUUAAUGAGGAUAUAAAAUUUGAUUGUGAAAGGAAUAGUGAUAAUUUUGAUCCGAAAGAUAUAUCUUCGAUCCAGGAUGAACUCUUCGAAAAAUGGAAUAAUAAAAUGGAUGACGUUACGGAAGCGUUCGGGUUCCGGUGGUCAUAUGGAGCCCGAUGUUCCGCUUACUUUAAGGGUCUUGAUAGCCCAUUCAAAUUUUAUAAAAAGUCUAUUGAGUUAUUUGAUAAAUAUAAUAUGGAUGUUAUUUUACGUGACUCAAAUAUUAUUCCCGGAAAUAAUUAUACUUUCCAAGCAAUAACUGAUGCUGUUUCCAAGGGUUUAAAGGGCACGAAAGCUGAGAUUAAAUGCUCAAAAAGAUUCGGUGAGAAAAUUUACGACUUGUCUACUAUCAAAAUUUACUUUGAUCAGUCUUUUAAUCCAAUUAACAAAACUAGAGACACUGAUAAUACGGCUAUCGAAUGCCCACUUGAUGAAAAUAUUCGUUAUGAAAAUUUUAUCCACUCGGUUAAAGAAGUACCAGUUCCUUCAUUUGAUUACCCGGCGAUAUUUUAAGGGCUUUGUGAAAAUGAAGGUCUUUUGGCUUUUGAAUAUUUAUAAUAAAAAUAAACAUUUCUUUUGUUCCUUUUAAAAUUUAAGUUUGUAUUCGACUACGGAUUUAUUUUAUAAAA